AUUUCCGCAAUGCCGCCACAAACAAAGGACGAAGAGGUUUGUCAGAGAGAAGUCAAGAUCCCGGACUGGGUGAAGCCGGAAGCCUUUGAAGAUCUGCUCAGGCGGAAGGUCAAGGACUACAAGGAGACGAAAUCUCUGAGAGCCAAGGCUGGGGUUGCUCCUGGGGAGAAUUAUGCCACCAUAAUGCUAAGAGUAGAGCUGGAUGUAGAAACCAAAGACAAUUCCCUGGUGACCAAGGCUUUCAUGCUAAAGACCCCACACCAAUCGGAGGUAUAUCGCAAAAUUAUCGAGGAGACGGACAUCUUCGAUGUGGAGCGCGGAAUGUAUCUGGAAGUGGUUCCCGAAAUGGAGCAGCUGUAUCGGGACGUGGGCUUGGAGGUGAAGUUCGGUGCAGAGGCCUAUGAGAUCACGGCCAGCGAUUACUAUGUCCUAUUGGAGGAUCUCAGGCCACGUGGCUUCAAGAAUGCCAAUCGCCUCGAGGGCUUGGACCAGGCUCACAGCGAAAGUGUCCUACGAAAGCUGGCCCAAUGGCAUGCGGCGUCUGCUGUUCGCGUGGAGCUCAAGGGACCCUACGAGGAGAAGUUCACUACCGGCUUCUUCAAGUCCGAAGAAAUCGUGGAUGCAUUCUGCAAUCGCAGCGUCAAGAAUCUGCUAAAACACAUCGAUCUGUACGAGGGUCACGAGGCCUAUCUCAAAGAUUUGCGCAGUGUCUCCGAGAAGUUGUUGGAUGUGGUCAACGAUCUGAACGUGCCGAAAGCCGACGAGUUCAAUGCCCUGAACCACGGCGAUGGUUGGUCCAACAAUAUCAUGUUCCAGUACAACGAAAAGAAUGAGAUAUUGAAUACCUAUUUCGUGGACCUGCAAAUUCCUAAAUACGGAACGGUGGCCCAGGACUUGUACUACUUCCUGAUUUCUUCAACUAGCCUGGACAUUAAAACCUCCAAGUUUGAUUACUUAAUUUGGUUCUAUCACGCCGAGCUAGUCAAGCACCUGAAACUUCUCAAGUACUCGAAGCCUCUGCCCACUCUUAGGAGUAUUCGUGACGCCCUGAACAAGUACAGUGGAUGGGGCUUCAUUUGUGCUGCCUGCAUAAUGGGAUUCGUUUUACUGGAUCCCAGGGAUGAUGCUAACUUCGACCAGAUCAUGUCAGCCGAGGACUCCAGUUUUAAGAACUCCAUAUUCACCAAUCCCAGAUAUCGCCGGCAUAUGGAGGUCCUGUUGCCAUGGUUUCAGCAAAGAGGUGCCCUGGAAUAAGUCUCUUAUUAGAUAAUAAGACUCUUAACAUAAAUUGUAUAUGUUACACACUAUAGUUUAAAAAAAAGGAGAAGAUUUGUAAUA